CCCGCUCGGCUUUAGCGCCCGCUGCAGACGGCACUAGGACCCGGGGAGUCCCUGAGCGAGGUUCGCGCAAAGGCAGCCAGACUCCUCCUUAUCUCCAGUGUCAAACUUGACAUCAGCCUGCGAGCGGAGCAUGGUAACUUCUCCAGCAAUCAGAGCGCUCCCCCUCACAUCAGUGGCAUGCUUCAUGGAGAUAUGCUCCUCUCACUGCCCUCUGCACCAGCAACAUGGAUUGUCACCUCUCCAUCCUCCUCCUUCUCAGCUGCUCUGUUCUCAGCUGCUUCGGGGAACUGAUUCUCCAGCCUUCCAAUGAAGUCAAUCUACUGGAUUCAAAAACAAUUCAAGGGGAGUUGGGCUGGAUCUCUUAUCCAUCACAUGGGUGGGAAGAGAUCAGUGGUGUUGAUGAACAUUACACACCCAUCAGGACUUACCAGGUGUGCAAUGUAAUGGAUCACAGUCAAAAUAAUUGGCUGAGGACAAACUGGGUCCCCAGGAACUCAGCUCAAAAGAUUUAUGUGGAGCUCAAGUUCACUCUACGAGAUUGUAAUAGCAUUCCAUUGGUUUUGGGAACUUGCAAGGAGACAUUCAACCUGUACUACAUGGAGUCUGAUGAUGAUCACGGGGUCAAAUUCCGAGAGCAUCAGUUUACAAAGAUUGACACCAUUGCAGCUGAUGAAAGUUUCACUCAAAUGGAUCUUGGGGACCGUAUUCUUAAACUCAACACUGAGAUUAGAGAAGUAGGUCCUGUCAACAAAAAAGGAUUUUAUUUGGCUUUUCAAGACGUUGGUGCUUGUGUUGCCUUGGUGUCUGUGAGAGUGUACUUCAAAAAGUGCCCGUUUACAGUGAAGAAUCUGGCAAUGUUUCCAGACACGGUACCCAUGGACUCCCAGUCCUUGGUGGAGGUUAGAGGUUCUUGUGUCAACAAUUCUAAGGAAGAAGAUCCUCCAAGGAUGUACUGCAGUACAGAAGGGGAGUGGCUUGUACCCAUUGGCAAGUGCUCCUGCAAUGCUGGCUAUGAAGAAAGAGGUCUCAUGUGCCAAGCUUGCCGACCAGGUUUCUACAAGGCUUCGGAUGGUAAUAUGAAGUGCGCCAAGUGCCCACCUCACAGUUCUACUCACGAAGAUGGUUCAAUGCACUGCAGGUGUGAGAAUAAUUACUUCCGAGCAGACAAAGACCCUCCAUCCAUGGCUUGUACCCGGCCUCCAUCUGCACCAAGAAAUGUUAUCUCUAAUAUAAACGAGACCUCGGUUAUCCUGGACUGGAGUUGGCCCCUGGACACAGGAGGCCGGAAAGAUGUUACCUUCAACAUCAUCUGUAAAAAAUGUGGGUGGAAUGUAAAACAGUGUGAGCCAUGCAGCCCAAAUGUCCGCUUCCUCCCUCGACAGUUUGGACUCACCAACACCACGGUGACAGUGACAGACCUCCUGGCACACACUAACUACACCUUUGAGAUUGAUGCCAUUAAUGGGGUGUCAGAGCUGAGCUCCCCACCAAGACAAUUUGCUGCAGUUAGCAUCACAACUAAUCAGGCUGCUCCAUCACCCGUCAUGACGAUUAAGAAGGAUCGGACAUCCAGAAACAGCAUCUCUUUGUCCUGGCAAGAACCUGAACACCCUAAUGGGAUCAUAUUGGACUAUGAGGUCAAAUACUAUGAAAAGCAGGAACAAGAGACAAGUUAUACCAUUCUGAGGGCAAGAGGCACAAAUGUUACCAUCAGUAGCCUCAAGCCCGACACUACAUAUGUAUUCCAAAUCCGAGCCAGAACGGCAGCUGGAUAUGGGACCAACAGCCGCAAGUUUGAAUUUGAAACUAGCCCAGACUCUUUCUCCAUCUCUGGUGAAAAUAGCCAAGUGGUCAUGAUUGCCAUUUCAGCAGCAGUAGCGAUUAUUCUCCUCACUGUUGUCAUAUAUGUUUUGAUUGGGAGGUUCUGUGGCUAUAACAAGUCAAAACAUGGUGCAGAUGAAAAAAGACUUCACUUUGGGAAUGGGCAUUUAAAACUUCCAGGACUCAGGACUUAUGUUGACCCACAUACAUAUGAAGACCCUACACAAGCAGUUCAUGAAUUUGCCAAGGAAUUGGACGCCACCAACAUAUCCAUUGACAAAGUCGUUGGAGCAGGUGAAUUUGGAGAAGUGUGCAGUGGCCGCUUAAAACUGCCUUCAAAAAAAGAGAUUUCAGUGGCCAUCAAAACCCUGAAAGUAGGCUACACAGAAAAGCAGAGGAGAGACUUCCUGGGAGAAGCAAGCAUUAUGGGACAGUUUGACCAUCCCAAUAUCAUUCGACUGGAAGGAGUUGUUACUAAAAGUAAGCCAGUUAUGAUUGUCACUGAAUACAUGGAAAAUGGUUCAUUGGACAGUUUCUUACGUAAACAUGAUGCCCAGUUUACAGUUAUCCAGCUCGUUGGGAUGCUUCGAGGGAUAGCAUCUGGCAUGAAGUACCUGUCAGACAUGGGCUAUGUUCACCGAGACCUUGCUGCUCGGAACAUCUUGAUCAACAGUAAUUUGGUGUGUAAGGUUUCCGACUUUGGACUCUCACGUGUUCUAGAGGAUGAUCCGGAAGCUGCUUACACAACAAGAGGAGGGAAGAUCCCUAUUCGGUGGACAUCACCAGAAGCCAUAGCCUACCGCAAGUUCACAUCAGCCAGUGAUGUAUGGAGUUAUGGAAUUGUUCUCUGGGAGGUGAUGUCUUAUGGAGAGAGACCAUACUGGGAGAUGUCCAAUCAGGAUGUAAUUAAAGCUGUGGAUGAGGGCUAUCGACUGCCACCUCCCAUGGACUGCCCAGCUGCCUUGUAUCAGCUGAUGCUGGACUGCUGGCAGAAAGACAGAAACAACAGACCUAAGUUUGAGCAGAUUGUUAGUAUUCUGGACAAGCUUAUCCGGAAUCCCGGCAGCCUGAAGAUCAUCACCAGUGCAGCAGCAAGGCCAUCAAACCUUCUUCUUGACCAAAGCAAUGUCGAUAUCACUACCUUCCGCACAACAGGUGACUGGCUUAAUGGCAUCCGGACAGCACACUGCAAGGAAAUCUUCACAGGCGUGGAGUACAGUUCUUGUGACACCAUAGCCAAGAUUUCCACAGAUGACAUGAAAAAGGUUGGUGUUACCGUGGUUGGGCCACAGAAGAAGAUUAUCAGUAGCAUUAAAGCUCUAGAAACACAAUCAAAGAAUGGUCCAGUGCCAGUGUAAAGUACUACUUCUGGAAGGAAGGGGUGGCUGUGGAAGACAUAGCAUCACUCUACAGAUAGACAAUAAUGCUGGACAUACUGGUGGAAACUCCAAGUCCAAUAAGAACUCAGAUAUGAGUACAAAUGCCUUAAAAUGGAAUUGAAAAACCCUUUAUUUUCCCCUAUCAUUUAGUGGAUGGGUGGGUUGGUGUAUUUUGUUUUGUAAUUGCUUUUUUAACAUUAGUUGAUAGAUUAAAUUAAAAUUCUUCAGUGCAAAAUAGUGAAGACCUAGCCUAGAGCCAUUGAUCAUAAACUGACUAUGAUAAAAGCAAAACAAGUGAAAUAACAGGAUGGACAUGGUGGCUUUGUUUACAAAUAGCCACAAAAGGAAAGACUUGUAAUAUUUUUAUAUACAGAAGAAAUCUGUAACAGGUAUUUUGUUUCCUUAAAAGCAAGCAAAGCGGAGGAAUUUAUACCUCAAACUAUCUGGCCAUAUUUGCUACCUUAUCAUUGUAUUAUUCUCUUUUAUCUGUUUAAAGCAUAUAGAGAUAAAAUUUGUAGUUGUUUUAAGUACUACACAUUUUAAAUUGUUAGUUCCUUAAGUAUAUCAUGUAAAGAAAUGUCUUAAAUUUUGAAAAAAGUACAUAUUUAUUUUCUUUUGAGUUGUUUUUAUUGUUUUAUAUUUAUGCUUUGAUGAUUUAAUUUGGAUUUUUUACAGCCAAGUGCCAAAAGCUCUCUCAAAUUGUCAGCAGUAGAAAACAUAUUUAACUAGACACAGAUAAUGAUGGACUUCUUUCUAGAUUUUUUGAACCAUCCACUUACCUGCAUUAAAAAUAACAAAACCCUUUCCAUGUUCAUACACUAGUCAAAUCUCUCACAGUCUGAAUGAUCCUAUUCAUUUUUCCUUCUCCAUUUAUUAUAAACUGCUCCUAAUUCAGUGGAAUAUGCUGGCUUGUAUGUAAUGGAAUUUCAAGCAGAUGACAUACCUUUCCUGCUCCGGUGCUUUUUUCAUCAACUCCCUUCAUUAGGUAAAGAAGCCAUGUUAGAGCUCCUGAGAAUAGCUACACUGGAAAGAAUUGGAAUCCUAUGUAGAUUGCUGCAUUAAUUGGCAACACACCCUAUGCCAAUGCAUGAGUCAAAAAAUCACUAGCUUACUGGCUUUGAUAAGUCACUUAAUAUUGUUGUUUAAACUUGCUGAGCUAUUUACAGAGAAUGAUGAUAACUAAACUACUCAUCUACAUCACUGGGGUUUAGGUCAAUUAAUUAAGCAUUGUGAUCUUCAAUACCAGGCAUUAUUAUCUUUAAGAGUCUUCCAUUUCAAUGUACCUAUUGUAAUUUUGGUGUAUAACUUAGAAGCACUGAACUUCCUUCAAUUUAUUGGACUUACCAUUUUCAAAAUAGUGGGUCAUCUAGCAAAUGCCUCAAAAUAUGUAGGCAAUAGAGAGAUCUCUCAUUGCAGGGAUUUAGACUAUUACAUAAAGGCCAAAUAUGAGCAUGCUCAGUAAUAUUUGAAAGGAUGUACCUGGUGGAAAUCUAGCUAUUGAUAUAUUCCAAAGCAGCAUUUUAGCUCUAUACUCUUUCUAAUGCUGAUAUGAUCAUGGGUUUAAGAAAUGCAUAUGUCACAAGGAUAGAAUAAACAAAAAAAUGCUGCAAAUUUUAUGUUCUUAUGCAAAAUGGAACACUAAUGAAAUACAGCUUAAAAUCACAAAUCAAAAUUGACAAUUGCUAAUCUGUUAUAGGUUUAGUGUAAUAAGGCUUAGAUUGUGUUCCUUCAGAUAUGAGAUCAUUUCUCAAAUUUUGAUAAUAUUCUUAAUAGUCAAAUCACACUACUAGAAUUCUGUAUUGGAUAUAAUAAGAGCAUGAACAUCUUAAAAAGAUAUGUGUAAUUAUGAAAAUAAUCACAAAUUUCACUUAAGCCUGCUAGAAGCAGCUAGAAAAAAAAUUUUAAUCAAAUAUUUUGUGUUUUGGAAUAUUAAAAUGAGAUCUGAAUCUGAUUUCAAUCUCAUUUUUUUUCCAGGCUAGGAUUUAUGUUUUUAGAUACUGUUCUGAGCAGACUCAAUAUAAUCUGUGCAUUUUCUAAACUAAUAGAAGUUGAGGAUUGCUGAAUCUAUUUCACUUAUUUUGGCUGUGGUUUCCCUUUGAAAGUAGAGGUUCUAUACAUAGCAUAUUGCUCUUCAUUUUUUGAAUAUUUUUCUACCUGACCUCUUAUAGAUUUACUUUAUGCAAUUCUUACCCUGUACAUAUGUAAACAUAAGUGUACGAUUCUUAACUGUGGAGUAGAGGUACUAGAAUGCUUUUGGCCAUCUCUUUGUACAGAAACUUCAUUGGCAUUCAAUAAACAUAAACCACAACUCCUUCAAAAUGUUAUGUACCAUAUUAUCUGUUUUGUAUCUUAAAUUUGAUUUACAUGUAUUAUUUAUUUCUGGUAACUCACCCAGUUUGUGCUGUGCUAAAUGUCAAUUAAGCCAUGGAUAAAUGUGUAUGAUUGACAAUAUAUGUUUACUUUAAACUUGUCUUUUCAAAACAUUACUCAUUUAGUUUAUGUUGUACAAUGUAGAUGGCCUCUUACUAAUGUAAAAUGAUUUGUAGUGGAAACAUUUAUAUUUUUAUAAUAAACAUAAUGAAAAUAUUUUUUACAGAUUGGAA